UACACCCGUCUCCAGCAGACUCGAAGGCCUCUUCCCUCAGUCAGGGUCGAGCACCCCGCGCCAACCUCCUGCCCCUUCUGACGACGACAUGCCGCUUCCGCGCCCCGGCAGCGCCGCUGGACGGUCCUUCGAGACUCAUAGACGCGCUCAGCACUCAAUACCGCCUCGUCUACACCCCACUCCACCUCAGCCAGCCCCCAUGUCCGCGGCUUCCCAAACUCUGCCCUCUCCCGUGCUGCGCUGGCUCAACGGCAAACGAAAGAGCGACUCACCUUCAUCUUCCCGUCCUGACUCGCCGUCCUCUCCGUCGUCAUCUCACUCUGCUCUUUCCGAAGCUCUCAACGAGGAUAUGCUACCAGCGCGACCUGUUCCCGCCC